AUGUGGCACAGGAAUAAUUUCGGGGUUUUGUUGAUAUCACUCUUGCUCUUACGUGUACAUGCAGCGUUUAUUCGCCGUUUGGAAUGCAGUUCCUCGGAUGAUGCAGUAAUUGAUCCUAUCUUUGAGCCUUCUUCACUGAGGGGCUAUCUAGAUACUAAACAUGCGAACAAAACAAUAUUGUCCUUAACAUUAGGUGGGGAUUAUGAGUCUCACAACUGUGAAGCCCUGGGCGGCGCAUUGGCACGCAUAUCGAUCGAUGCAAGAGUACUUGGUCGUUCGGUCGUUACUGAUGACCGCCUGUUGGAUUCCAGUGGCGCCUGCCCUGAGCUUUCUCCGGUCGACUAUCCAAGGUCCGACCCUCGAACGUACGCAAUGUACCGAGCGUCGUACUCAUUAGACCAUGCGUACCGCAUGAACACCUUGGCAACGACCAUCCGUCUUCGGUUGAAUGACACUGACAUUCACUGUAACGCCGCCAAUAUCACCCCGUACAUUGGCGCUACAGCAUCAGGUGUCUUGAAGGGGGUCCCGCUAGCCAUCAUGAUUCUCACUGGGGUCAUAAACGGCGCCGUCAUGAUCUGUCGAAGCCGUGGACGAAGAGUCUUCCGGUACGAGCUCGCGAAUGCAUCACGAGAUCCAGCGGAGUCGUAUUUCCCGGGUUUGGGUGACUGCUUGCACUACAUCCAGUUCAUCUUUCUGACCGGAUGUCUGACACUAUCCUAUCCUGGGUUCUUUCGGGCAUCAGUAGGCGAACUCGCCUGGUCAUCACUCAUUCUAAGAAACUGGCCCGUCACACACUCAUUCAUCUACCCCGGUGUCGAGGACAACAUCUACGCCGUAAAUGCAACUUACGGUUUCGAAGAGAUGGCCCAAUACCUGGGGGCCACCACGAUGAGCGACCUCUGGACUAACGCCAUCGUCAAUCUAGCCCUCGUGCUUCUCGGAGUGAUAGUAGCAUCCCAACUCGUAUGGUUAAUCAAAUCGGCCUGGCAACUGUUUCCAACCCGCGGCUCAACCCACAUCAUCGACCUUCCAACAGAGUUCCUAACCCACAUUCAGCACAUGGGCUGGAGUGUCGCACGGGUCCUCCUAAACUACUUUCUCCAUCCCAUCGUCGCCUUAUCCCUCUACCAGCCCCUCCUGGCGACAUGGUAUCCCGUUUAUCGCACAUUCCUCGCCGUAUCCUUCGUCGCAGCUCUAGCCGUCUCCCUAGCCUUCAUAGUCUGGUACCUGGUCAAGGACGACCGACAAAACAAUUUCUUUUACAAGGGCGCCUAUCCCAGAAAUUCGUCCCAUGACUGGCUUUCCGAUACUCUAUACAUGGUCCCGUUCCUGAGGGGUUUAGCUAUCGGCGCCCUGCAGACCUCUGGUCUCGGUCAGAUACUCGUUCUCAUAUCGUGUGAGCUCUUCAUCUUAUCUUGUCUGCUAUGGAACUGGAGGGUACAACGCGCGUGGAGACAUGCUUGCUUCGCGACUGUACGACUCGUCAUUGUCGGCAUGAGCUGUGCGUUUCUCCCUAGGGCUGGCGUGCACGAGGGGAAUAAGGCCUUAGUGGGAUACUUUAUUAUAUCCCUACACGCUGCUGUUCUUUUCACUGGAUUUAUCAUCGAUUGCCUCUACGAGAUGGUCCGCUUUGUGUUGUCGAAACUGGGCUUCGUUGAUCCCCGUGCAGCAGACAUGGAUCAUCACUCCGAUAAGGCGCCUGUACGUCUUUCCCCAUCCUUCACAACUUAA